AUGUCUAGCUUCAACAAUAAAAAAUUAUCUGGAGGGGAGGAUUGCAUGGAAAGAGGAACAGAGAUGAAAAAAGUUGCUGUCAUUGGUGCUGGCCCUAGUGGUCUUACUGCCAUCAGAUGGGCUGUAGAAGAGGGAUUUGAUGUUGUUUGCUUUGAGCAAGAAGAUGAUAUUGGUGGUUUGUGGCGAUUCACCACUGAUGAUUCCCACAGCUCUGUGUGCAAAUCAACAGUCAUCAACACAAGCAAGGAAAUGAUGAGUUACAGUGAUUUUCCUGCACCGAAGGAUUUUCCUGUUUAUAUGCCUAAUGUAAAAGUGAUGGAGUACUUACAUCUUUAUGUCAAACACUUCAAUAUUUCAAGAUACAUCAAGUUUGACACUGUGGUGAAAUCAGUCAAAAAAAGUGAUGAUCAUGAUCUCACUGGAAAAUGGGAUAUUACCUUUUUUCCACAUGGGAAAGAAAUAAUUGGGCAAAAAUGUGAGACGUUUGAUUUUAUCUUUGUGUGCACUGGCCAUCACUGGAUCAAAAACCUGCCACACUUUGAUGGUAUCGAUGAUUUUAAAGGCAAAAAGAUUCACAGCAAACAAUACAAAGAUUUCAAAGGAUAUGAAGACAAAAGAGUGCUGGUAAUAGGUAUUGGUAACUCUGGUGGUGACAUUUCAGUCGAGUUGAGUCGUCAUGCAAAACAAGUCUUUCUAAGCACAAGAAGAGGAGCCUGGGUAUUUCCUCGAAUGGCCCAUGGAGGAUACCCUUCAGAUCAGUUCAAAAAUCGACGAAUAAUGUCACUUAUACCAAAAUCAGUUGUUGAGAUCGUUGGUCAAAAGAUUGCAAAUGAUAGGUUCGAUCAUAAGAAGUUUGGGCUAAAGCCAGAACACGGGGCAACACAACAACAUCCAAUGGUAAAUGACGACCUUCCAUCAAGGAUUUCUACAGGGAGAUUGAAAAUCAAACCAAACGUGAAGCUGAUAAAAGAGAAAAGUGUAGUGUUUGAGGACAAUACGGAAGCUGCUGAUCUUGAUGCAAUAAUAUUUGCGACUGGAUACAAAAUUGGCUUUCCUUGUCUUGAAGAGGGGCUUGUACCAGUCGAAAGAAACCAGGUACCUCUGUACAAGUACGUUUUUCCAGACAGUCACAAACAUCACACAAUGGCCAUUUUGGGAUGUUUACAACCCAUUGGAGCUAUAAUGCCGCUUUCAGAACUCCAAGCACGUUGGGCGUGUAAAGUGUUUAGUGGGACAAAAUGUCUUCCUAGUUUGGAUGAAAUGAAAGCAGACACAGAGCGAAAAAGAAAGGCAAUGUUGGAACACUACUACCAGGCCGACAGACAUACCAUUCAAGUGGACUAUAUUGAUUACGCGGAUGAAAUCGCAAGGGAGAUAGGCUGCAAGCCAAAUUUUUUGAAGCUGCUCUUCAAGGAUCCGUCUUUGGCCUUUAGUUGUUUAUUUGGCCCCUGUGUACCGUAUCAGUACAGAUUAAUGGGACCAGACCCUUGGGAUGGAGCAAAGAAAGCCAUAGAAGCUGUUGAAGAGAAUAUUAUUUUUCCGACAAGAACGAGAAUUGUCAGCAAGACUAACGAGACUGGUGUUACAAACAAAACUUGCUUAGUGGUUGCCUUUAUAUUUUUAAUGCUUGCAAUUGCUGUUGCUGUCUUAUGCAAGAAGAUGUAAAAUUUGAGUAUAUGCUUUAUAACAUCCACCUGUACAAUAGAUAACGCUUUUGAUUUGAAGCUGCAUGAUUGUUAUUUUGACCAAUAAACUUGAUUGUUACAUACCUAUUAACAUACUUUUAAAUUUUUAUAGUAAUGAAAUUCGCUUGAGGGCCUGCUUGCUGCAGUCUCUAUGAUUAUACAAACAUGUGAAAUUCGUUGUUUAUUCAACUAUGUGUGGCUAAGACUUUGUGUUAUUUCAUUUUUACUAUUAAGAAUAUAUUGCGCAAGGAAUUGUUUGCAGAUCGUUAAGUUUGCAUG